UUGCGCAAGCGUUGAUGAUAUUAUCAUAUUGUGAUUUUCUGAAAGCAGUUAAAUCAAAACGAAAAGACUCAAAUUUUUUAAAAUCAACCACAACCAAUAAAUAGAAAUUAAUCAUUUAGAUCCCGGCGGCGAGACCUUUGACGAAGAAGAAUCGUUGACGCUGAUUGGUUAGUUGAAACUUCGUGAAACUUGUUUUAUAUAGUUGGUUGAGUUUCUCUGAAGCCGAUAAUUUCAAAUCCCAGAAAGCCCCAAUAAGACAGACAUUUUAAUUUACUUACCACAUGGGCAUUACCUACAAGCGACGUUGAGUUCAAGCUUCACAUUGCUCCUUCUUCUUCCUUCGGAAUCCAUCCCAAACACUUCUGAGAUUUUCAAUAUUUGAUUAUGGCUUCGUAGAGGGAGAAUGGUUAGUGGGCAUCUCUUGUGCCUGAAGCUGGUUUCAACGUUCAUCGAGCUAGCUUAUAUUGGUUAGUUCAAAAUCUGAGAAGUAACUGCUUCUACAAGGAAAAGAGUGAUGGAGGAUAAGGCAGGAGAAAAAAAUGAAUUACAGCAUGCACCGUCUUCAGUUGUGGCUGUAGGUAUCAAGGGUGGCAAGAAAAGUACAACUAUAUUACAGUGGGCACUUAAGAGGUUUGUGCCGGAAGGGAGGAUCAUGUUUAAGCUGAUACAUGUCCAUGCCAGUAUAAAACGAAUACCAACACCAAUGGGAAAUUUCAUCCCUAUUUCACAAGUGCGUCCUGAUGUAGUGAAUGCCUUCAGAAAGGAAGUUGAGUGGCAGAAAAGUCAAAUGCUUCUACCCUAUAAAAAUAUGUGUGAUCAGGAAAAGGUAUAUGUAGAUACAGUGGUGAUAGAAUCUGAUGAUGUUGCAGCUGCAAUAGCAGAAGAAAUUGCUAAGGGUGCCGUGACCAAACUUAUUAUUGGUGCAUCAUCUCGUAGCAUAUUUUCCAGCAAGCUUAAGGGUAUUGCUGCAAAAAUAUCAGUUUGUACUCCAAGAUUUUGUACAGUUUAUGCUAUUUCCAAAGGAAAAUUGUCUUCUGUACGGCCGUCAGAUGUACAAAUUGAUCAGAGCUUUGCAGACGAUGGUAGUGAAACCAAUGGUUCUACCAGUUCUUCAAACUGCACUUCCUCCUCUCCCCCGGACUCUGCCACAGUUGCUUUAUAUGGUCCUUUAAACUCCUCUUCAACAGAACAGCAAUUUGAAGCUCUUUCCUCUGUUAAUCAGACUGUCCUAAGUGCAAAUCCUAGUUUUAUUGAAUCUAGCCAUUGUGGAUGUCAGUCCCUAGAUACUGGAACAGAGAAUAAUGUUACAAUUUCGUCUGCUAGAAAUUAUAGUAUUGGCUAUGGUCUUAGUCAGGCUUCAAGUUGCAUAAGCUUUAAAUCAGAAACAGAAUCGCAGGUCCAUGUUCAAAAUUCCACCCUUGAUGUGCUACCAGCAACUGAAUCUCCUUCACCUGCUAGGCAGGAAAAUAUUAACCUUGAGCUGGAAAAGUUGAGGAUUGAAUUAAGACAUGCACAAGGAAUGCAUGCAAUAGCUCAAAAUGAGAACAUUGAUGCAUCACGGAAGCUGAAUGAUUUAAAUAAGAGACGAUCAGAUGAAUUAAUGAAGCUCAAUGAGAUUAUUGCUAAGGAAGAGUCGGCAAAUGAAUCAUUAAGGCAAGAGAGAGAGAAAUAUGAAGCUGCAAAGAGAGAAACUGAUUAUUUGAAAGAAUGUGCUGAGAGAGAAACUGCAGAAAGGAGAGAAAUGGAGAUGAAAGCUAUUCGUGCUGCGCAAGAGAAAGAAAAACUAGAGUCUGCUCUUACUGGUUUGACCCCUCAGUACCAUAAGUUUACAUGGGACGAAAUAGUGUCUGCUACCUCAUCUUUCUCUGAAGAUCUGAGAAUCGGAAUGGGAGCAUAUGGUACAGUGUACAAGUGUAACUUGCAUCAUACUGUUGUAGCUGUUAAAGUACUCCACUCUAAAGGGAGCCACAAAAUCAAGCAAUUCCAACGGGAGCUCGAAAUCUUGUCCAGAGUUCGUCAUCCUAAUUUGCUGCUCCUUCUUGGUGCAUGUCCUGAUGAUGGAUGCCUUGUAUAUGAAUAUAUGGAGAAUGGUAGCUUGGAGGACCGGUUACUCAAGAAAAAUGGUACGGCCCCACUUCCUUGGUAUGAGAGAUACCGGAUUGCAUGGGAAGUAGCCUCAGCUCUUGCCUUUCUUCACAGCUCAAAGCCAACACCCAUCAUCCACCGUGAUUUAAAACCAGCAAACAUUUUGCUUGACAGUAACUUAAUGAGCAAGAUUGGUGAUAUUGGUCUUUCUACUGUGCUCAAUUCGGAUGGCUCCUCCACCAUGCACAAGGACACAGAGCCUGUGGGGACCCUUUGCUAUAUUGAUCCUGAGUAUCAACGAACUGGGUUGUUAUCUCCAAAAUCCGAUGUAUAUGCUUUUGGAAUGGUGAUCUUACAAUUAUUGACAGCAAAACCGGCUAUAGCACUCACUCAUGUGGUAGAAACAGCAGUUGAUGAUGGAAAGCUCACAGAUAUAUUGGACCCGGAGGCAGGAAGUUGGCCACUUCAGGAGACAAUGGACUUGGCUCGAUUAGGCCUUAGCUGUACAGAACUCCGUCGUAGAGACAGACCCAAUUUAGAUCACGUGAUUCCUGCACUGGAAAGAUUGAAAGAAGCUGCUGACAAAGCCCAAAGUUCCAGUCUUAAUGUUAAAUCAAAACCUCCUAAUCAUUUUAUUUGCCCAAUACUCCAGGAUGUGAUGGAUGAUCCGUGUGUUGCUGCGGAUGGAUAUACAUAUGAUCGCAGAGCAAUCGAAACAUGGCUUCAAGAGAAUGACAAAUCACCAAUGACUAAUAUGGAACUUCCUCAUAAGAAUAUAAUCCCUAAUUACACACUUCUAUCAGCAAUUAUGGGGUGGAAGUCUGGAGGAAAAUGAUAUCGAAUUCAACCAUUACCAAUGCGGAUUUUGACAUUAAUUUCUAGUGUGGCUCAGAUACUUAGUUGUGUGCGCGUGUGUGCUGAAUGAUGUUGUGUUAUAAGCAGAUAUUGUGGUGUAGAGUCUUGAAGUGGUUGUCUUAGCUUAGCGAGGCAGAUUUGGAAGUGUAAAUAAAAUGUCAUUGUUCGAUGUAGUUGCAUUCUGGUUUUAAAUUUUGGGAGAGAAUCUCUAUAGCACGGACUGAAAGAUAUUGUAGGUGGAUACUACUCUUAGUCUUUGAUAUAAGACCUAAUUGACUAAUUUGAGUAGAUUAAGAAAGUUUGUUAA